AUGAGAGGUGGUCCUUUGGGUAAUCAUGUCCAAGAGCUCAUAAACGAGGGCCAUGGCACCGAAAGGCCUAUCUCUCAGGACUGGCCUGAUCUACCACCGUUCAUCAUCUCCGAAGCUCCUAAGAACAUGCGUCAACUACACCCACAAGCCUAUGAGCCUAGGCUAGUCUCAAUCGGCCCAGUUCAUCACUCCGACGAGAGGCUGCUACCGAUGAUACAGGAUAAACUCCGGUUCUAUUUGCGCCUCUCGGAACAACUAUACGGAUCACGUGACAUAGAUAACGAAAUCAAAAGAAAAGCAGACAAUUUGGCACACAAAGCAAAGUCUUGCUAUCCCCAUACUUAUGGCAUGACAGACUCUGAUUUUGGGUUGAUGUUGGCCCUUGAUGCUUGCUUCAUCCUAGAGCUAUUUCGCUAUGCUAAACAGGGUAUUGUUGUGGAUGACCCCAUCUUUAGGGCAAGAUGGAUGCUGCCUGCGAUUAGGUUGGAUUUAAUCAAGUUUGGGAACCAAUUACCAUUUUUCGUACUCGAAGCAUUAUAUGAUCUUACUAGCUCAGGUAAUGAAUCACAACCACCUCUGACCAAAUUGGCAGCAAACUUUCUGGCUCCUUUAGUUCCCAAUGCACAUGAAUGGUCUCUCCCAUUUGACAAAAAACCUACACAUUUACUUGCUUUUAUUCACUCGACCUUUAGUCCCAUGUCUCACAAUUGUUCUGUAGCCAUCUCUGACAUCAAUUUGCCAUGGGACGGGAGGUGUUUAGUAAAGAGUACCAACGAACUCCAGAACUAUGGAAUCAGACUCAAAAAAGGGUACUAUGGCCUCCUAAACAUCAAUUUUGACCCAAGCACGGCAGUGUUAGAAAUACCCUCCCUUGUAAUCAACCACGACACUGUUUCCAUUUUCGAAAUCUGGUAG